UUAAGCGUUCGGGUGGAGCCCCGAGAAAAAGAACUUGCCAGCACUGAGAAAAAAAUGUGCAUCUUAGUUCUUCUUUGGCUUAGAAUUCCCUGUACAAUUUUCACAUCGACACUUCAGAAAGACCUUCAUUUGUGUAGCCGCUGAACCAAAUCUAAUCCAUAUCUUAGAUAAAGGAUGCAUAUUCUCGUGAGAUGGAACUUUUAUUUUGCGCAUUAGGUCCCCCCCCCCAUCCCACUUAACACUUCUGUCGCUUUUACUUUUUUUAACUCAGUUAAGUUUUGAGUUUUAACCUACCGAAAACUACCGAUAAAAUUUUGAUGUGCCUACCGAAAACCGCCAAAAUAAUCUGGCCACACGCCGUGCUAGGGAAGCCGCGGCGAAAUCAAAGCAAACGUCGGUUCACAAAACGAGUAAACAAAACCUGCUCGAUGGAGCAAACAUCAAACGGCCGAGAUGCAUCCCCAUUAGAGAUUCCGUUUUGUGAACAUUACAAACCUCUGAUUGUCGAGGAAAUUGUGCUUGCCGAUCAUCCUGCUCACCUUCAUUAUGGGAAAUGUUCGGUCAUUGGAACGCUUUCCUGUACCAACAACGUGCUUGGGUCGUUGAGCCUGCCUGACCUGCCGGGUGCGAUGCAGCUUCCUGACGGUGCCUGUAGUGUUGAACUUUGUCUGGACAAUUACAGUGGAAUCGUACCGCGAGGGAGUCAGGUCGAAGUGACCGGCAUUCUUAAACUACGCGAUAGAACGACGGAAAUUACAACGGAUGCAGGUACGUUGCGGAACAUGUUGGAAGCGGCAGAUGGCAUCGGCUUUAAACAGCAGUAUGAAGAUAUGAAAGCAAACUGUAAGCCAUAUAUUGAGGUAGAUUAUAUACGCACCAUAUCGAAUGCAAGGGAACUCAUUUCAUGCAAUCUCAAGUUUAGAAAGCUUAGCUUGUUAACCAAAAUGGAAAUGUAGUAGCAAUCAAAGAAUGGCAUCAUGUAUCGGUACACUUAAGUUGUUUGAGACGGAUAAUAUUCUUGAGGAACAUUCCGCAUGGAACAUUUUCAUCUUAUUACACCACCAAACGUGGUAUAUAAAAUAUAGAUCAAAUUGCACGUGAAAUGUUGUUUUCGGAUGAUACCUUACAAAACACACAUCAAAACAUAGACCAUUAAAUACCAAAAGAAAGGAUAUUCUAUUUCCCGUCCCUUAACUCUUACGUUCACAAAUAUAAAUAUUAUAAAUAUUAUAGUUCAUAAGCUAUUAAUGUUGCAUUGAUCGUAUUUGUUCUUCAUUCCUGGAGACAUAAAAAAAUAAUCACCUUGAGCAUAUCGUGAAAUAAAUUGUUCACAACCGUUAA